AUGAUAGAAGAAGAACCUAAAAACUCACUACUACAAAGUCAUAAAGAAGCUUUAGAAGUCUAUGUCAUGAAUCUGGUUAAAGAAUGGCCACUAGAGUCAGAAAGUAAAAAAGAAGAAGUGAUCAUUACUAAAGAAGAACAAGAAAAACUAUACAAUAAAGAAUCUCAGACUAAAAAUGAAAGAAAAAAUCAAUUAGAUAAAAGAUAUAAAUUGAAUAAAAUAAAGAUUGUAGAUAAGAAUUUGGCUGAAGAGAAAUUCCGAGAAAACAACAAAUUCAAAUUCAAAUUCAAAAAAAAAAAAAAAAUGUCUACCACUGAAGAACUCAUUCGAGAAGACCUCUUGUCAAGUACACCACUUUUUGUGCUCCCUAUUCCAUGCCCUUAUAAUUCAGACCAAGACAUUACCACCCAAUUAUUCCUCGCCCACGAUCAAAUGAAAAGAGCUAAAGAAACUAGAAGGAAAGCCGAUGCCCUUGCUCAUGCCUAUUAUUUUGGGGCCAGAUAUCAUCUAAUGACCACAGAAGAAAAGGCUUCUCAACGAGGAAAAUACACUGCCUACUUU